AUGAAUUAAAUACAAAUAGAUGCAUUAAGUGAACUCACCAUCACUCUGUUGAAUACUCUAAGAUUAGAACUCAGACCAGAAGCGAGUACGGUUGAGUCAUUCCGUAACCUCAUCCUAUUAUUUCAAGGAACUGAAGAUUGGGUCUAAAUUAAUAGUACAGCUCCAUGGAGUAGACUAGUUUAACAAUUGCUAAAGCCUAAGAGAUUGAUCAAGCUCAUCUAAAACCAUUACCAUUAUGAUCUCUCUUAGAAUCUCUACCUCCUAAAUUAUGAAAUACUGGAUGAUCACCCUCAAAAUGAGAUUGAAGAAACACUCAAUAGAAUUGUUUGUGCCUUAAUUAGUUAUCAUUACUAAGUUACAAUCCCUGAUCCUCCUUAAGUUAGUUAGGCGAGUCGAACCACGCAGGAGAAUUCUGAAUCUUCAUUAAUUAUCCCAGAAUAGACACGAGCAAAUCAUCUCACGACUAGCUCUUCCAUAUCUACAAUGAUCCCUAUUGAAUGCCAGAAUGAAUAAUACGCGGAAUCCUAAAAUACAAGAAGAGCGAAACUAAUUCUUGACAAACUCACACAUCAAAUUAAUAAUAGUGUUGUAGGACAUUACAAUAAGUUAUUUCAAUAUUGA